AUGUCGUCAUUACAACGAUUAUUGCCAUCCACGGUCUUCCUCCUCUCCAUCACGUCGGUCAACUCGCUCCUCGGACUUCGUGAACCAUUGAAGCCAGAAGUAAACACUGUUCACACAUACACAGCGCAACAGACAUCCAACAUACUCUUCUACAACAUGGCCCCUUCCCGCACCGACCUCCUGGCCACCUUCCGCCAACAGAUCACCAAUGGCCAACCCAUCAUCGGCGCCGGUGCCGGCACAGGCCUCUCCGCGAAAUUCAUAGAAGCCGGCGGCGCAGACCUCAUCAUAAUCUACAACAGCGGCCGCUUCCGCAUGGCCGGCCGCGGCUCCCUCGCCGGCCUGAUGCCCUACGGCGACGCCAACGCCAUCGUCGUCUCCAUGGCCUCCGAGGUCCUUCCCGUCGUCAAACCGACUACGCCUGUGCUAGCGGGAGUCUGUGGCACAGACCCGUUCCGGCUAAUGCCGCAGUUUCUACGGCAGUUGAAGGAGAUGGGCUUCGCGGGUGUGCAGAAUUUUCCGACGGUGGGGUUGAUUGAUGGGACGUUCAGGGCGAAUUUGGAGGAGACGGGGAUGGGUUAUGGGAAGGAGGUUGAGAUGAUUGCGGAGGCACAUGAAUUGGGGCUGUUGACGACGCCCUAUGUGUUUAAUGUGGAGGAGGCGGAGGCGAUGACGAGGCUGGGGCCGAUGUGCUGUGGGAGUAUUGGGGCGAAGACGGGGAAGUCGUUGGAUGAUUGUGUGGGGCUGAUUCAGGAUAUGAGGGAUGCGGCUGUAAAGAUCAAUGAGGAGAUCAUUGUCUUAUGUCACGGUGGGCCGAUUGCUGAACCGAAGGACGCGGAGUAUGUGCUUGGGAGGACGAGGGGGGUGCAUGGGUUUUUUGGGGCGAGUAGUAUGGAGAGGUUGCCUGUCGAAUUGGCGAUUACGAACAUCACGAAGGACUUCAAGGGCAUCAAAUUCAGCAUUUGA